AUGCGUGUGGGUAUGAUAGUUGUGCUCCUUGGCAUGGUGGUGGCUGUGGCUGGUCUCGUCGCUUUGCUUUGUGGUGGGCUGGUCAAGGAUACGGCAGGACAGCUGCGGUAUGGUGUCAUGCUCGACGCCGGCUCGUCGGGCACCCGGGUCUACGUCUACACCUGGUAUGCUAACCCGCCCGAGGAUCGGACUUAUCCGGAGGUGAACGCGCACCCAGUCUUUCUCAAGAUCAAGCCAGGCCUCUCCGAGUUUGGCGGUGCGUCGGCAGCCGAGGUGCGGGCGUAUCUGCGGCCACUGCUCGAGUUUGCCGACAGCCAGGUGCCGGACUCGAAGCAGUACCUCACGCCAAUCUUUCUCCGUGCCACUGCUGGCCUCCGCCUGCUGCCACAAGUGCAGCAGGACUUUCUGAUGCGCGAGGUGAUUGCCUCGUUCAAGGCGCUCACCGACUUUUCCAUCGUCCCGGGCAUCCGCGCCGCCCGGGUCAUCGAGGGCACCCACGAGGGCGCGUACAUGUACGUGGCCGUCAACCAGGCGCUCGGCAACCUCCGCCGGACUGUGCCGAUCAACGCUACCGUUGGCAUUCUCGACUGUGGUGGAGCUUCGACUCAGAUUGCCUUUGCCCCGCGGAAUCUCUCGCCGUCCGACAUUCCCAGCGCCUACACCGCCCCGUACACGCCGGGUGUGUACACCACCUCGUAUCUGCUGUACGGCAAGAACCAGGCCCGGUACCGAAUGUACAACGUGCUCAAGACCUUGCCUGAUGCCGGAGUGCCGGGCAUACCUAACGCGUACUACGAUCCAUGCGAGCCGCUCGGCGCCAACCAUACCUCGGCCGCGGCAGGCAUCACGCUGUUUGGCUCGUCAAACGCCACCCUCUGCGAGAUGCUUGCAGUGCAGCUCCUCAACGCUUCCGACUCGUGUCCGUACACUAGCUGCGGCAUGCAAGGUCAGUAUCAGCCGGAUCUCGCCCGCCACGGCCCGGAAACCGGCAUCUUCUACGCCACUGACAACUACGCGGCUGGCGCUCGUGCUGUCGGCUUCGCGCUCAACACGACCCACACACCCGAGGCGUACCGCGCGGCAACCCGUGCGUUUUGCGCGCUGGAUGCAUCGGCCCAGGCGGCCGCGCUUCCGCCAGCUUACGACGAGGACCACCCGUGCUUCAUUGCCAUGUGGACCUCGGCACUCCUCCUCGAAGGCUACAACUUCGCGCCGUCUGCCCCGAUCGCAUUUGUGCAAGAGGUCAACAACUACGACAUGUCGUGGACGCUCGGCGCCAUCUUGUACGAGGCCCGAAUCUUUGAGUAUCCGGCGCUCAAACCGCGGCUGCAGCUGAAGACAGGCUCGGCUUACACGGCCGUCAUGCUCGUCUUUGGGGCGCUCCUGCUCGCGGGCAUUGCCCUUGUCGCUGUGCCGCUGCUUGUACGCGCCCGCCGGCGCCGUCCGUCCGACUACACCGAGUUUUGAGGCAGCUUGGCCUCCAGUUGAUCACGGCGCGACACAGUUCCAGAUUUUCAGCCCACCGCUGACAUCGCCAGUAGCCACAACCGGCGAGCGGACGU